CUGACUAAUAACAAUAUUAUUAGCGAAUGUUGCUGUGAAAAUAAUCAGUAACAUUGAAUUGAUUUAUUACAGAACGUUCGUUCUAGUGCAUCUAAAAACAUAUGGAGUUCGUCGCAAAAUCGUCGAACAGCACAUCACAUGAAUGCAAAGAAGUUUUGCAUGAGUUAAUUACAGUCACCAAUGAAUUGCGGAGCCACAUCCGUUUCAAAGGGACUCCACCUGGAGAUGCCGAUGAUAGUUCCAUACUGGGAUACGACCCGGAUAGGCUCGAACCGCUUUAUCGCUGUAUCAAACGAAUAUUCACGCACAAAAUCAUGAUAUUCACCGAGAAGAACGAGCCGGAUGUUUGGGAAGUUAUUAAGGGCCUUAAAUUCUCGAAUCCCGCUAUAUCGUUACAUGUAAAACGAGCUAGAGCCGCCACAGUUGUUAGCGAAGACUAUGGUUUGUUGUGGAUAUUCCAAUGCGUGCUACAACGCUGUCUGUCGAAGAAUCUCAACUGGCUCGUCACUGAUAAGGAACAUAUGAGCCAAUGUUAUGAGUCAACGGCGUUUCUCCGCGAUGAAAGCUAUGCAGACGCGAUGAUGAUUUGUUUCAACGCAUUGGAAAGAGGUCAACCAACGCUACUGUCCCGAAUCGAUCCUAGUUUGUACGCACAAGAUGAAUGCAACCUCAUUGGAAGUAUCAAGCGAUCCGAAUCUCAUCCAAAUUUCCUGCUGGAAGAUAUAUUGAAACCAAAACAGGAUAAAUGUGCCCUCAAAAGACGACAGACAAUCCAUCAUUCUAAUUCCCGCUCCAAUCUGCGGCGGGAAAAGAAAAGCAAAGUGUCUCGAAGUUUACCGAAUAUUGCCUUAAUGGAUUACUAUCAUUAUGGGAAGAAAAAGCCGCCUGAUAGUGCCGAUGGGAACAAGGAGAAUGAGGUCGUAGGAUUCAGUGUGCCAAAUUUCUGCUACAGCGGGAAUGAUAGUGUGCCAAAACCGACUCUGAACGUGCUAAAUUGUGAAAAUAUUAAAAUUUACACCGACUCGUCUAGUGGCAGCAGUCAAAUGUACGAGAAUUUGCAAAACAAUGCAGCAAGUAAAAAGAUAGACGGUCAUACGAAAUCGGACCUGUUCAGUUUGGCGACGUUGACGGGUAGCCCUAGGAUCCUUUUGAAUGAAUUUAUUCCGCAAUGUGGGGAAAAGAUAAGCAAAUCUAACGACAGUAAGAGCGUUGGAAGCAUAUUGAAUGAAAUUCCCUCCCGCCCCGUUCCAGGUCAAAGUUUGACCUCAUUCCUCAAGACCGUCUAUUUUUCCCGAACCAACACUGAACUGGACCGGGAGAAUGCCCACUUCAGUCUAUCCGAAGCGCUUAUUGCAACAUUCGAACAACUGAAGUGGAAUGAAGGGGAAGGAGCAAUUGGACGUCGUGCAUUGCGGAAGCUUCCGUCAAAUUCAAACUUUUGGUCAUCAUACCCCGGUUCACCACCGUAUGUUGCUGGUGGCCAUAAAACAAACGAAGAGGUAACAAACAACAUUAGUCCUUCUACUGCUUCAAGAGGAAGUACCUCAACUGCAGUUUCAUCGCUAUCGGACAGUGGAGGCAGCAGUGUUGAAUCUGGAGAGUUACACUCGAAGUACUUGAGACAACUUUCAUCGAACAUUGCGAAUCGUUCAUCGGGCGAUGAAGACGAUCUCGAGGCAGUUGAAGCUAGUGAAUGCGACGACGUUAAAUCGUACUCGGCCGAAGGUGUUGCUCUCAGUUUGCUUUCCAAGUUCAACGAAAAACAACUGCCCACGGCAUGCGAUCUAUUGUGGUUGGUAUCAGAGCAAGAUGCACCGCAACAGUUGCUGCCGAUUCCACCGGAUGGACAGAUUGCGAAUCCUGACGAUCUGAAUGGACUGAAUACGAUCAUCCGAGGGACGCGAGAGUGGGCACCUCCGAGACCGCAAAUCAUAUUCACUUACUGUAGCCCAUGGCCAGAUCGUCGAGCACAAAUGAUGAAGCAGAACAAUCGAUGCGCAGGCUGUGGGAUGAAAGUGGCACAAGCCUAUUCCAGCCGAUUCCGAUAUUGCCACUACUUGGGCAAGUACAAUUGCUCCGGAUGCCAUAAGAACCAAAUGUCGGCAAUUCCAGCUAAAGUUAUCGAACGAUGGGAUUUUACGUUCCAUCCAGUUAGCAGCUUUGCCUAUCGCUUGCUGAACGACAUCAUCGCAUGUCCUCUGUAUCGAAUAAAUCACCUGAAUCCGAAACUGUAUGAAAAAGUGCGUGUCCUACAGAUUGCGCGGAGCAUUCGAAAGAAUCUGAAGUUCAUCCGGGAUUUCAUCGUUAACUGCCGUUUUGCAGAAGAGAUGAAGGACCUCUUUCAAAACGUUUCGGAUCACAUAACAUCUGACUUGGACAGCUGGUCCAUGAUGGAUUUUAUCUCCGUUAGGAAUGGUGCAUUUCAAAAGGAAAAGACCGAAUUAAUCAAGCGCUGUGAGAAACACAUUUUUGAGUGUGAGCUUUGCAUUGCCCAUGGGUUCUUUUGCGAAAACUGUGAUCGCAAGGAAAUUAUAUUUCCUUGGCAAAAACGUGUAGUCAAAUGUAGUAAAUGUGGCGCCUGCUUUCACGACACUUGCUGGAUGUGCGACUGUGUCAAAUGCGAUCGACUGCACCGUCGUAGGAUACCGAAAAAGUGAAUCAAAAUUCGUACGCAAAGUGUUCAAUAUUUAUCUAAUAC